AUGAAGAGUGUGCUGGGGAGAUCAUUAACCGCAACCUCGCCCAAACUCCUUCUAUUCACGAUAGAAGCUAACAAACAGAAGAUUACAGGGAAUGAUAGCGACGCGAAAGAGGUCCUUGAAAUCGAACUAGGGUUAUUAGCGCAGAGAAUCUAUACAUUGGAACACGCUGCAAGCUGGGCAAUCAAUCCGGUGAUGCCAGCCACACUAAAUGACACUGCCGUUACAAAACCGCCUUUCAGCGAUGCAGACAAAACUUUGCCGCAGUCUCACAAGCACACACCAUCGGAGGAACAGCAGCCGCCGGCUAUCGAGCUAGGAGAUGUGGGGAGACGGCAGGCCAACAGAGCAUUUCAAAAGGCUCUACGUGAGAUCGGGCAUAUUGUGACAGCCGUUGCAAAAGGAGAUCUGACGAGGUUCUCUCGUGUUGCUCGGGAGGUUGGUACAGAAGGGAUACUUGGUGGGCAAGCUCAAAUCGACGGCAUCGAUGGGACCUGGAAAGAGCUGACGAAUAAUGUGAAUGUCAUGGCGCAGAACUUGACCGAUCAAGUGCGCGAGAUCGCUACAGUGACAACAGCCGUAGCACAUGGGGAUCUGACGCGGAAGAUUGAGCGGUCUGCGCAGGGCGAGAUUUUCCAGCUUCAACAGACAAUCAAUACCAUAGUAGACCAGCUCCGGACCUUUGCUGCCCAAGUUACUCGUGUCGCCCGUGACGUGGGUAUAGAGGGUAUCCUCGGCGGGCAGGUUGAAAUCGAAGGCGUCAAGGGGAUGGAUAUUGCGGUGACUACAGCGGUUGCGAAAGGCGAUCUGACGCAGAAAGUACAAGCGGAAUGCAAGGGCGAAAUCUUCGAGCUCAAGUUGACAAUAAAUUCCAUGGUGGAUCAAUUGCAACAGUUCACCCAAGAAGUUACAAAGACUGCCAGAGAGGUCGGGACCGAGGGCAGACUUGGUGGUCAAGCUACCGUGCACGACGUUGAGGGCACAUGGUGGGAUCUCACCGAAAAUGUCAAUGGUAUGGCUAUGAAUCUCAUUACUCAGGUGCGACAGAUAGCCAAGAUUACGACUGCGGUAGCCAAAGGCGACCUGAGCAAGAAAAUCGCUGUCGAAGUCAAGGGCGAGAUUCUUGAUCUCAGGAACACGAUCAACACCACCUUCGCAUCUGAAGUAAGCAAAGUGGCUCGUGAGGUCGGGACGGAUGGAACUCUCGGCGGCCAGGCGCAUGUCGAUCAUGUGGAGGGGAAGUGGAAGGAUCUCACCGAUAAUGUCAACACGAUGGCCUCCAACUUGACGUCCCAAGUUCGCGCCAUCUCUACCGUUACUCAAGCAAUUGCCAAUGGAGACAUGAGUCAGAAGAUCGAUGUCCAAGCAGCUGGGGAGAUUUUGGUACUCAAGGAUACUGUCAAUAACAUGGUAGAUCAGCUAUCGAUCUUCUCCAACGAAGUGCAGAAGGUGGCGAAGGAUGUAGGCGUUUAUGGCAAGAUGGGUGUACAAGCCGAUGUUGCAGGCAUUCGGGGUCGCUGGAAGGAGAUCACCACGGAUGUCAACACCAUGGCUAUGAAUCUUACGGCGCAGGUGCGGGCCUUUGGCGACAUCACGAAUGCUGCGACCGACGGUGACUUUACCAAGCUAAUCACGGUCGAUGCCUCUGGUGAAAUGGACGAACUCAAACAGAAGAUCAACCAAAUGGUCUUCAAUUUACGCCACAGCAUCCGGCGCCACACUGCGGCGAAAGAAGCAGCCGAGCUUGCAAACAAGUCGAAGUCGGAAUUCCUAGCCAACAUGUCCCACGAGAUCCGAACUCCCAUGAACGGGAUAAUUGGGAUGACUCAACUCGCACUGGACACAAAGCCUACCCACUACCAGUGGGAGAUGCUUAGCAUUGUACACGGCCAGGCGAACAGUCUGAUGGUCAUUAUCAAUGACAUCUUGGAUUUGUCGAAGAUCGAAGCGAAUUGCAUGCUUUUAGAGGAGAUUCCGUACCAAUUGCGCGGAACAGUGUUUAGCGCACUCAAAAGCCUCACCAUGAAGGCGCACGAGAAGUCCCUGGAACUUCGAUACAUGGUAGAUAGCUCGGUGCCUGACCAUGUGAUCGGAGACCCCUCUCGCCUGCGUCAAGUCAUCUUAAACUUGGUUGGAAAUGCUGUCAAGUUUACAGAACGCGGCGGAAUCAGCAUCAUGAUUCGAAUAGCAAAGCAGGUUACUUGCUCUUCAGAUGAGUGUGCGAUCAAGUUCACUAUAUCAAGCACGGGUAUUAGCAUUCAGCAGAACAAACUGGGCCUGAUUUUUGACACCUUCCAACAAGCAGAUGAGUCAAUUACUUGGAAAUAUGGCGGUACAGGCCUCGGCCUAUCGAUAUCCAGAAGACUUGCGAAUCUAAUAAGAAGAGAUAUCCGGGUGGAGAGUCAGUACGGCAAAGGUAGCUCAUUCGUCUUCACCUGCAUGGCCCGGCUCGCUGCCUCCGACAUCGGCUCCAUCUCAAAGCAUCUCAAACCGUACCAAGGCUAUAAGGUACUCUUCAUUGAUCAAGGACGGACCAGGCAUGGAAAGGAGAUAGCGUUGAUGCUGACAGAAAUCGGCUGUGUACCGGUCGUUGUUAAUUCCGUCCUGCGUAUCAGACGACCAGGUGGACAGGUACCGGAGGUUCUGUAUGUUGUCAUAAUUGUCGAUUCAAUGGUAACUGCGAAGGAGCUACGUUCAAUUGAUGAUUUCAAAAACAUUCCUAUUCUAUUGUUAGCCCCUCAGGAUCACGUCAGCCUCAAACCCGCACUGGAUCUCGGCAUCGCCUCAUACAUGACAACACCUUGUCUAACGAUCGACCUUGGAAAUACCGUGCUUCAAGCUUUAGAGGAGCUAGCGGCACCGCCGCCAACUAACAAUAUCAACUCGCUGGCUAUCCUUUUAGCUGAAGACAAUGUCGUCAAUCAGAAAUUUGCUGUAAAGGUCUUGGAAAAGUAUCAUGUUGUAACUGUUGUUGUUAAUGGGCUCGAAGCUUUUGAAGCUGUCAAGGCAAGAAGAUAUGAUAUUGUGCUGAUGGAUGUGCACAUGCCAAUCAUGAUUAGGGACUACGAGCGGAGUCAAGGCGCUCAAUGGAUUCCGAUUAUCGCACUCACUGCCCAUGCCAUGUUAGGAGAUCGAGAGAAGUGCAUACAAGCCGGGAUGGAUGAAUACCUGUCCAAGCCACUCAACCAGAGUCACUUAGUCCGGAAAAUCUCUAGAUGCAUAUCGCAUGCGGUGGCUCCUAACUCGUCAUGA